GAAAACAAAAACGAUCCACGUACCGAAUACUCUCCAGAAUGAGUCUAGACAAAAGGAUUCUUGUUGUGCUGGCUCUGCAAAGCGCUCCUCGAAUCGUCAAAUUCGAAAAUUUCAGGAUUAGGGCAUAGAUAGAAGGGAAAAACACUUUGUGUUUCCCAUGGCGAGCAAGCCUUCGAACGAGGUUUUCCUGCAGCAGCUGAAACAGGGAAUUGCUGAAUUCGAGCUCGCCUCUUCGCCGGUUACUCCGAUUUCUAGUAUGAUAUGUCCUAGAUAUCCGUCGCCGUUUCUCGGUGGUGGUGGUCACCGGUUCUUCGCUAGAAUAGGAUCAUCUCUGGGUGGAAUUUCACCAGCAUUGAAGAAGGUGGAACAUUUCUCUGUUCAGAAAGUUACUGGGGAUGGCCGUUGUUUGUUUCGAGCACUGGUGAAAGGAAUGGCUAUCAACAAGGGCAUUACUCUUACUCAUCGGGAAGAGAGAGAUGAUGCAGAUGAAUUGCGGAUGGCUGUGAAAGAGGUCAUAUGUUAUGAUGAUAAAGAACGGAGUCAGUAUGAAGAGGCAUUGGUUGCAAUUACUGUAGACGAAUCGCUGAAACGAUACUGCCAACGCAUUGAAAAAUCUGAUUUCUGGGGAGGAGAGUCUGAAUUAUUGGUGUUAUCAAAGUUGUGCCAGCAGCCAAUCAUUGUUUACAUACCAGAGCAUGAGACAAUAUCUACCAAACUGCAGCAUAGGGUGGGAGGACGGGGCACUGGUUUUAUUCCUAUCACAGAGUACGGAGUUGAGUUCAGUAAGACAUCAAAGGGAAAACCAAGGAAGGUAGUAAGGCUUUUGUUCAGUGGUAGGAACCAUUAUGAUCUUCUCAUUUGAGGGAUUUUUUGUGAGCUGGAGGACGAGGUUGUGAAAUGGUAUUCCUUUUGUGUUGAUGCAGACCAGAAUUAUAGAUACACUUGUAAAUUGUACACAUGAACAAGGUUGUCCAUUUCAAGGUAGAACAAAGGAUGCAUACAAUGUAUUGGAUCCGAUUUUUUUUUUUGGAAAAGUAAGUUGCAGCUCACUGCAGAA